UCGGCCCCACCUUCCAGCUCCUAGUGGCGGACCGGCGUCGGGAAAGUUGAGAGGCGCCCGGGGUGGGGUCAGGAAAGGGCCGCUGCUGCCCUCGCGUGGCCAGCCGGCCACCCGCGCCUACAUCACCUGGGGCUUCGCGGGAGGCGGGACUGGAAAAGGCGGCUUCGGGGACGCCCGAGGAGGAGGCCGCGGAAGAUGCCCACCCUCUGCUCCUAGGAUCAUUGCGGAGAAGAGUGAGUCUGAGGCCAGUGGAUGAACUGAAAGAAGAUAAAAGAUUCCAAAAAAGGAUGCGUGAGAGGGCCACACAGAACUGGAGCACGGGCGGCUGGCUGCUGGCACUUGGCCUGGUCUGGCUGUGGACCCACCUGGCCUCGGCUUCCUUGCAGCCUCCAACUCCUACAGUCCCCGUGAAGCAGGGCACCUGCGAGGUGAUUGCCGCUCACCGCUGCUGUAACCGGAACCGCAUCGAGGAGCGCUCCCAGACUGUCAAGUGCUCUUGCUCCUCUGGCCAGGUGGCCGGCACCACCCGGGCAAAGCCCUCCUGCGUGGACGCCUCCAUCGUCCUGCAGAAGUGGUGGUGCCAGAUGGAGCCCUGCCUGCUGGGCGAGGAGUGUAAAGUGCUCCCGGACCUCUCGGGAUGGAGCUGCAGCACCGGACACAAAGUCAAAACCACCAAGGUCACACGAUAGCUCUUGGGGUCAUGACCUGACAGCUUGAUUGAGCCACGCACUGGAGAAUGGUGUCCAGUUACCAGCUGGCAAAUAUGGAGAUUCACUUCCCUGGACCCACACCCUGUGCAAAGUGCAGCAGCACUCUUUCCAGAGGUAUUGCAGUUAAGCUUCUCAGCAGAUAUGUCCUCAUAUCUCCAGGCCAAUCUCUAGCCACAUACCUGUGGUGCUGGGCUCUCCCUGGGGGACACAGAAGAAGGUCAAGAUAGAAUCCCUACCCUUAAGGAAUGUUCAGUCAAGUUGAAGAGCUGACGAAAGGCAAUCUAGGUAAUUUAGAUUAAAGUGUGUAGUAUCAGACUGGUUUCUGGCCCAUAUGCUGUGAGCAUGUUGGGGACCGUUCACCCCACUCCAGUUGAGGAGACUCCCAUAGCCCUUCAGCCACCCUCUGGCCACAGGGCACAAAGACAAUAGGUCAUAUUCACCACCCACUACUUCAGUGGGAUCUCACAUUGGUCCGAAUCCCCGGCAAGCUGCUGACCUACUGAAGGAAAACACUCUCCCCUGUUGCCAGACCGACUGUAUCUCAUUUGGAUGGGGCUGAAUUGACUUGGGGAAGGAAAGCAGAGAUGAAGCCAAACAACUUUCCAGAAAAGCUUCUGCAGAGGCCUUGCUUGCUUUGGACACACUGGGUAUGGGCUGGACAGGACUGUAAAAUCACCCCCACCCGAACACCCCAGGUUUUUGUUUGUUUGCUUGUUUUAACAGAUGAGGAAACUGAGUCCCAGAGAAAUGAGGUGACUUGCCCAAGGUGUCACAGCUUGGGCUCCCAAAUCUCUAAGACGGCUGACCUUUCACUUAGCCUGGAUGUUGGGAUUCCAGCCUGGGCCUUCCAUGCUGUUUUUAUCUCAAGAACAGGAACCUACAAAGAACUGGAUGGACAGCUCAAUGAUUUUGAGCAAGAACUUUUACAAAGUUCACUCCUAUCUGAAAUAAUCCAGAAUACCUACCCACCAAGAUGCAGGACCACUGGGUCUCCACUCUGCCCUCAGCCCCAAAACUUCCAAACAGAACCCAUGACAGCCCAGAGGUCACUCAGCCCAGUUACAGCUGAGCACUCUGAGCUGGAAGCCUUGUCCACUCUAACCCGUCUCUUCCGGAGUCCUUAGGCUGUGCCUCUCAGAGGCUCUGGCUCCAACAGAGGGUCCGGGUGGCGUCCAGGGCUAGUCAGAUUCCUCUUCCUUCAAAGGCCGUGCUAGGCAGCAGGGGAGCCCCUGCUGGGCUGGAUGGAGCCUCUGUCCAGGACUGAAGGUCAGCCAGUCAGGCUGGCACCCUAGGUGGUUUGCGGAUGACACACAGGCCUCAGGGACUCAGGGACGCGAAUUACUUGGAUGUCUCAUCAAUAAGAGAAUUACAGCCUCAGUGACUGCUGGCAUCAGCUGGGAUCAGCUGGGAUCAGCUAGGAUCAGCUGGGAUCGCCAGGACUGCAGGGUGUGAUGGGGCCUUGAGGGGAGGGGCAUCAGCAGAGACCAACUAGGACAAUGCUGAAUUCUGACCCUCAGAGAAGAUAGACCAGAUGACGGGUUGAGGCUGAGUCUCAGUCCCUCCCUGCUUCUCUCCCUCCCUCCCCAUGCAGUAGAAUCAAGACCGUUCACCCCACUCCAGGGUUUAUCUUCUUGUUUGCCUUUUUGUUGUUUUUGGUAAUGGGGUGAACAAUGAUGCCGGCUUCGCACUAGACUGUAGAUGUCAGAACUCUGACAACUUCUGAAUCUCUGCAGAUAGUCGGGUCACAGGGUGGGGUAGUCAAGGAGUAGGUCAAAGGUUGUCAUCACCUCCUUCAAGGUUGGGGAGUGGAUUAAGGGAUUGGCACUCUUUCUGGAAAGGAUAGUAAAUAUUUGCAGGCCACAUACAGCCUCUGGCAUAUUCUUUGUUUUUGUUGCUGUUGAUUUUGUUUCAUGUUGGUUUUUUGUUUGUUUGUUUGUUUGUUUUUAGUCAUGUUGUUUUAAAAAACCUUUUAAAAUGUAAAAACCAUUCUUAGCUCAAGGGCUGUACAAAACCAGGCCCCAGGCAAUUUUUGGAAGGUUGCCAACCCCAAUAAACCUUUGAAAGCAGGCCAUCUCUGCAGCUUGGGUCUGCCUCCCGGCCUGCCUUUGGUGCAGUGGGAACCUGAGCGUGAGGGGUGGGUCGGGUUUUGUUUUUCUUCUAAUGUUCCUUGAGAGACUGGUGAGUGAAUUAUUUAGGCUACAAAUGAGACAGCUUUAGCAGAGUCGGACAAUAAGAGCCUGCUCUCCUUCAAGCCAGGAGGAUGCAGGCUUCUCUACUCCCUCCCCAUCCCGCAAGACUGUGUCCAGGAGGGAGGGAGAGGGCUCCAGCCCCCUGCACAUCUGCUGCAUCCAUAGCCAGUGGGCUGUGAGCUGGGGGAUUAUGCUGUACAAACUCCCCCCAAGCUGCCAACCACCGCCCGCCCCUGCCCCAGCCAGGCUCCUUGAUCCUCCCUGACUUCCCUCAUCCCUGCUUCAGAGAAGACCUCCUUCCUUUGGCACAUGCUGGAAUUUGCUAAUUCAUUUUUUUAACUCCUCAAAGCCUCCAUUUCCUCCUGACCUAAUCAUAUAUUUAUUUGGUGGGCUUUGAGGGGUAUUCUUUAUAUGGCCAGGAGAGCCCCACACGAGAGGAUCUGAUGGAGAAGGGAAAGCGUCUCACCUCCCAACAGAAGCUCCCUCAGGUCCUGCUUCCAACUAAGUCAACAUUUGUACACAUUUUGUAGCUGCUUCAAUGGCAGUAUAGGAAUGCAAAUUAAUUUUCCUGGAGCAUAGGGGUCCUGGAUCAUUUGUGUUCCUUUUCUCCCCUUAGUGGGAUGGGUUCUCAGAUUUCCUGAGGUUAGCUGGUAACCCUACCCAACCAGCUUCGGAAGGUUGCCAACUACAGAAGAUCAUGUGGCUACUUUCUGUGGCCUCCUGGCAGUUUCAUUAAGGUCUGUGAGUGACAUCCUAAUUAAUGGCUCCAGACAGUUGGCUAGAGUUGAAGCCGCAGCUUCCUAAAAUCACAAGCUUAGAGCUAGAAAGGAUUUAAGAGACCUUAACCAAUUCCCUCAUUUGACAGAUGUGAAAAGGAAGGCUCAGAGAGGUUAGGUAAUUUGCUCAAAGUCACACAGCAAGCUGGUGGCAUGUGCUGCCCAGUGAUCCAGACAAGUGCUCUUUAUGCUACUGCGCAUUGCCUCUUACUCUAGUAUAGAUGAGAGCCCUGAAAAGAAGCCAGAAUUUCAGCAAGGAUGAAUGUGAAAGAGCCUCACUCUAAAAUCACCCAACCCUGUGAGUUCCAAAGGACAGAAUAAAGAAGAAUGGGAAGCUUUUAGAGAUAUAUACACAGAAAGAGGGGAGAAGGGACAAAAGGGGGGAAUUGAGAUCACUCAGAAGAACAUCAAAACACCAAAGCACCACACAAAAUAAUUAGAAUAAAACUUGAUUUUUGUCCUUCUUGGAGGAGACAGAAUGGAGCUCCUGUCAAUCUUUGGGAGACCUGUGCAGCAGUUUUGAUGGUUUCAGGAUUCUUUAGAGCCUAGUGCAAGGGGCUGCAAACCAAGGCCCAUGGGCCAAAUUUGGUCCACCACCUGUCUUUGUAAAUAAAGUUGCAUUGGAAUGUAACCGUGCUUAUUUGUUUAUUAUUGUCUGUGACUACUUUCCUACUAUGAGAU